UAAGGAAAGCGUAUUCCCAACUCUCUCUCUCUCUCUCUCUCGCAUUGUCAGUACCGUUAUAUCCAACUUCUCUCCGAUGGCUCUAUCCCUCCAUUGCCCCAAUUACCCGCCACCGUUAGCUGCUGCUUCUUCUUCUUCAGUUGUUGGGUUUUUGCCCCCCAACUCGCUCCAAUUUACGCCUCCCAGUCUCGGCAACCCAUGUUACCGUUCGAGCCACCGGCGGCCUCUCACUGCCGUGAACGCCUCCCUCUCCGCCGUUGUAUCUCCCAAAAAUUCCACUAUCCAAGACGAGAAGAAGCUCCUACUCGAAGUCAAGGACCUGACGGCUGUGAUAGCAGAAUCCAAGCAACAAAUUCUCAAGGGCGUUAACCUCGCCAUCUAUGAAGGAGAGGUUCACGCAAUUAUGGGGAAGAAUGGUUCUGGGAAGAGCACAUUGGCAAAGGUUCUUGUUGGCCAUCCAGAUUAUGAAGUUACGGGGGGUAGUGCAGUGUUCAAAGGGGAGAAUUUGCUGGACAUGGAACCAGAGGAACGGUCACUUGCUGGGCUCUUUAUGAGCUUCCAGUCCCCUAUUGGGAUUCCUGGCGUGAACAAUAUUGACUUUCUGAAUAUGGCUUAUAAUGCUCGGAGAAGAAAACUUGGUCAGCCAGAGCUCAGACCGAUUGAGUUCUAUGCUUACAUUUUUCCCAAGCUUGAACUCAUAAAGAUGACGGCAGACUUUCUCAAUAGAAAUGUUAAUGAAGGAUUCAGUGGCGGUGAAAGGAAGCGAAAUGAAAUUUUACAGCUUGCAGUUCUGAGUGCGGAUUUGGCCAUCUUGGAUGAAAUUGAUUCUGGACUGGAUGUUGAUGCACUUCGAGAUGUAGCAGAAGCAGUAAAUGGGCUUUUGACUCCAAAGAAUUCUCUAUUGAUGAUUACCCAUUAUGAGCGUCUUUUGAAUUCUGUGAGGCCAACAUUUAUCCACAUCAUGGAGAAUGGAAAAAUUGUGAAGACGGGGGACAUUUCAAUAGCAAAACUUCUGGAGGACGAAGGUUACCAAGCAAUUUCUGCAUCAUAAGUGCAUGCAGUCAGAUGUUGGUACUCUCUCGUGCGGUCAUUAGAAGUAAAUCAACCAUACUCUUGUCAGCUAUAUUUCUUUCAAAUUUUCUAAUGCCAGUUCUUUUGGAAGUCACGCUUUAUUUAUCUUAAGGCUCCUAAAUAUUUUCUCAUGCUACAUGCAUCAGUGCAAUUGUUUUUAGAUGGGCCUUAACAAGAUCUGUGUUGGAUAUUGUCAGAUUAUGCUCAGGUAUGUUCGUGUAGAAAUGCUGACACUAGCACAUUGUUCGUUCUUUUUCCAUUUUUUUUUUCCAGAAGAAAAAAUGAGAAAAUGAUCAAGAAUUGUAAUGUUGCUAUUUGGUGAAGGAAAGUUAAGUCUGGAUUACAAUGGCCCCUAGUUCUUUUUUUCAAAUUAUAAACGAACAUCUUCAUCACUCAUGUCUUGCUUAAAAUGUUGAGAGUCAGGUCGAGUGCCACAUGACUCCACAUCUUCGAUUCUAAACAGGUCUGAUUUCUGUCCAUUAGGCUGCGUUUAAAUGUUGAGUUGAGUUGAGUUCUUUAUGAAUAAUAGUGAGUUGAAAUGGUGGAGUAAGUUUUGUAGGGCCCACUUAAGAUGAGUUUUAAUGUAUUUGGAUGUUAAAGUGAGUUUAGAUAUAUUUAUGAAAAUUUGAAAAAGGUUGUGGGUCUCACGUGUAAAGAGAUUUUGAGUUGA